AACAGUGACCAGCAUCUGAAAAUGGCACUGAUUGCGCAAAUGGAUGUUUGGACUGAAAAUUGACCUUUGGGAUUAUGGUGGAGAGGAAUAGGGAAGGGUGUGUGUGUGUGUGUGCUUGAAGGGACAGGUAACUUAUCAACAGCAAGAAAGGAGCAGAGGGUUCACAACGCCUUGGACUGCUGCAGAAACGGGAAAGGGAAAACCGGCUUCACUGUUCUCUCACUCCCGACCUUCUGACUACCUGAAAGCCAACACAGAACCUCCUCCCACGUACAUACACACAUUUGGAUAUUUUGUCUCUCUGUCACACAUACUACAAGAGUCAAGGACGCUGUACACAAGGAGUCACAGAGCCAGCACGUGUCUGGAUCACAUGCAGACAAUCAGCACUUGGCUGUUUUUGCUUAGGUAGUGGUGGUGGUAGGGAGGUGGUAGUCACUCUGACCAACAACACACUACAAGCUGUAAACAUGGAGCCCCUGGAGGAAUACCACUCUCCGUUUGACUUUGAGCAAGGAGUCAACACCAGCUACCUCUACCUCUCCCCGGCCUACAGUGACACACCGCCCAGCUCGCCAGCUGUCAAAACCAGAGGUUCCCAGCAGCAUCCGGACUCAGUCCCAGAGAUGGGAGAAGAUGCAGUGAUGUCUGUGGGUCCCUCUUCCCCUCCCCCCGCCAUGACAGAGGAAGAGCGGCAGGAGUUACAAGAAGAGUUGGUCAAGGUUGAGGAUGAGAUCCUGACUCUGUCCCAGGUGCUGGCAGCCAAGGAGAAGCAGUUGGCGGACAUUAAGAGGAAGCUGGGCAUCACACCUCUCAAUGAGCUGAAACAGAACAUCACCAAAACCUGGCAGGAGGUCACCACCUCCACCGCCUAUAGGAGGACAUCUGAAACACUGUCUCAGGCGAGUCUGAAGGCUACAACAGCGUUCUCCAAUGUGGGCUCAGCCAUCAGCCGGAAGCUUGAGGAUGUCAGCAUACGCUCAUUACAACACUCAGCUAGCAUGCCUGUCAUGAGGAAUGCACCAACUUUCAAGUCAUUUGAAGAGAAAGUGGAGACUUUGAAGACCAAGAUCAGUCCAUCAGCGUCCACCAACCCCGACAACAAGGACAGCAGCAGUCCCACCACUCCUGAGUCUUUGCUUGAUCAGCCUCAAGACUUGCCCACCCAGGAGACGCCGAUGAACUGAGGCCUGCCUGACCCCCUCCUGACCUCCAACCGCCCCUCCUCACUUGACCUUCUAACCCCUGGACUGACAACACUCCCCCUAAACUCAUGUGUGCCAGUCUCCCUUUGUUGGAAACAAAUGACUUACCCCAGCCUUCCUUGUAAAAUAAUUGUCUGGUCUUUUUCUCUGACAUGUGCACUCACUUGUGGAAACUGGAAGCAUGGGAUGGGUGCAGGCAUGUGGUCUUGUGCUGAUCGUAUAUUUUUGAGUCCAUUCUGGCUCACUGUGGGAGAAAUCCUCCCUGCUGGAGGACUUUCCUUUUCUCCUUUCCUUUUCCUCCUGCACCCCUUCUUUCUCUGCCUUUGUCUAACCAGCAACGCUCAGAUGCCAAACAUGCUCCUAGUUUCUUCAUUCUUUUUAUGUGAACCAGGCAGUUGUUGGCUUAUUGCUUCCGCAUGGUCCUUAUUAUAUGUUGGAUAUUAUAUGUUGGAGUUAUUAUCAUAAGCACUUGUUUUGUCUGCCUCCAUUUUGGGUACAUUCUUGGUUUACUAUUGGUUGCUAUUUUGGGGCCAAUCUGAUUUCCAUUUUCUUCAUUAUAUACAUUUUAGGACACCAAUCGUAAAAUAGUCUAACACUGUAUUCAGAAUAUGAAUGUAUGCCUUUUUGUGUAAUAUAGGUACAACAUUUUGUAUAAUUUAACCCACAGUACUGAGCUACAUAUACAGUGUGUCACGACUGCAGCCAACAACUCCUAAGUUGGUAUUUCAAAACACACAUCCCUUUUUCCAUUGUUAAGAGUCUGUCAGAAAAUAAUCUCCAUGCUUGGAUAGUUGCCAGAGAACGGCCAAGAUCAGCAGAACAGAGGCAGAGCAAACACACAGUCAAGGUUCAGCCUUGACCCGAGGUGAGAGUGAAAUAAAUGUGUCUAUUCCAGAGCCAGAGUCAAUAUUUAAACACUUGUCCAUUGUUUCUGUGUGGGAGGUAACACCUAGCCUCCCCUCUUUCUGAAAUACAGAUAAAAGCAAGGCAAGAGAUGCCACACUGAUAUAGGAUACUAAUGUAAAAGAGUAGGUUUACCUUGACUUUACUAUAAUGUGUAAUUUUCUUUUUUUAGCCAUGCUAGCAGCAUUGCUCUGUGGUAAUUCUGAUAACUUUGGAGAUCCCGUAACUUUUCAUUCUAACGCUAUCAUCUGGUCUAAAUUUCAGUUUGUCCAAUUCUUUGGCUAAUGACAUUUCCAUCUGCCUCAGCUUUACUUUGUGUUUAGUGCUUAUUAGCAAAUGUUAGCAUGCUAACAGGCUAAAGUAAGAUGGUGAACAUGGUAAACAUUAUACCUGCUUACCUUCAGCAUGUUAGCAUUUAGCUCAAAGCACCACUGUGCCUAAGUGUAGCCUCACAGAGCAUGGCUGUAGCCUCUUAAGUCAUGUUACUUAGUCGUUCUGUUUUGAGAAGUUUCUAGGAAAUUGCACAAAAUUAUCAAAAUCUGCUUCUUUUGAUAAUCUCAGCAAACUGCAGGAUUAUAUACAGUAUUUGCUGAAAAUGCUGCUUUCAUACAUACCUUUUUCUAAAUGUUAAAUGUAUGAAUACGGUAAUAUCAGCGUUACAUCUUCAGUAACAGAACCAUUCUCUUAAGUUGGUUUUACAAUCUCAUGCUACUUCAUGUGAUUAUAUCCUAGAAACUGUUAAACUACGGAACAGUUACUCUCCCCAGACACUUUUGUAGUUGACUAAUAUGCACGGGGCUACUGAUGGAGGUUAAAUAAAACAGAGCCAAUCUGAACACAGCCAAGGUUUCCUCUGGUACACAAAUGGAGGACACAAGGAUUUAACACACAUUUCUGACACUUCUCCAGUGCUUGGGCAGCACCAGCCUGGUACAAGUCUUCCCCUGCUGGUGGACAACUGGCUAAACAUGAAUGUGAAUCAUUAGUAGUGGAUCAGCGUCCUGGAAGAGAACCACAUACAAACCGAGGGGCAUUUGUGGUGUAAAGAUAAAGAUCUUUUCACCAACCAUGACACAACAGUGUUUGCUAUUCUGAGUUGACAGCAAUGGGUUUUUUUUUUAACAGUACCACAGUAUCUAAUCUCCCCAUGUAACGUCACUUUCCAGCCAUGACCUGGUUCACUGAGAGAAGUCAUUACAGCUUUUUAUCUCAGGCAUGAGGUUUUUUUUUUUGUAUUUAGUCACACACAGGAUUUGUUUGUUGUUUAAUUGGAACCAUGGGGUGAAGAAAUAUACUCUAAUUAAAAAUACCUCUGAAGUAACCUUA